UGUCAAUUUAAGAUGAAAUUUUAUUUGUAGUGAUAUGGAGGGUGCACGAAUAACCGACAUUAUAAUUGAGGACAGCGGUGAAGUAACAUACGAGGUUGUCGAGUCUGGUAGUAACCGAGGUUGUAAGAAAUUGGUGUCCUCCGAUGGAUUUUCCUUUUGUGUUAAAAGUAGGAAAGAUCAAGAAUCUCGAAGGAACAAGAAUAUGACUUGUAAAGCCACAGUCUCCCAGAGGGACGAACUAUUUAUAGCGGGGAAAUUUGAACAUUGUCACCCAGCUGACAGCAGCCUAACGAAGAAAGUUAAAUUACGGAAAAAUGUGAAACAAGCUGGCAAAGAGAACAUAUUCACUUCCGCCACAAAGGUAGUUGACCUGGAGUUACCAAGAACUUUCAGUGGUCAAGAUUUCAAUUUGGUCAACACAACAUCAUUUGCUAGAGUUGUUAACCGCACCAGAGCGAAAAUCCAGAUUUCCUCAUCGGGGACCUACAUGUAA